GCAAGAAAUGUUGUAAUGCUUCCGUUUAAAUUCAACCAUACUAUAAGAGUAUUAGUAUAUAGAGAAAUAAUGAUAUUAACGCGUCACGAUUAUUUAAUCAACCAAUCACAUAUCUCUAGGACAAAAAGAGAGGACCAUAUAUUAAGCGACACACUUUCGUUAAAGAUUAGAUCGGUCCACUCUCGUUUAUAUUGUUAUUCACAUCUUCUUCCGCCAUUAUCAUCAUCAUCUUCUUCCACUUCCAAAUCUCUUCAUCCUUCAAUGGCGGCCAAGAAGCCAGGAGUGAUCGCUUUGUUCGACGUCGACGGUACUCUCACUGCUCCGAGGAAGGAAGCUACUCCUGAAUUGCUCGAGUUCAUCCGAGAAUUGCGCAAGGUGGUUACUGUUGGAGUCGUCGGUGGAUCUGAUCUAAGCAAGAUAUCUGAGCAGCUUGGCAAAACAGUCACCACCGACUAUGAUUAUUGUUUCUCUGAGAAUGGUCUUGCUGCCCAUAAAGAUGGGGAGCCCAUUGGAAUCCAGAGCCUGAAGCUGUACCUUGGCGAAGACAAACUCAAGGAGCUGAUAAAUUUCACGCUGCACUACAUUGCAGACUUGGAUAUUCCAAUCAAAAGGGGAACAUUUAUAGAAUUCCGAAAUGGAAUGCUCAAUGUGUCACCGAUUGGUCGCAACUGCAGCCAAGAAGAAAGAGACGAGUUCGAGAGAUAUGAUAAGGUUCAAAACAUUAGACCAAAGAUGGUGGCUGAACUUCGUGAGCGGUUUGCACAUCUUAACCUUACUUUCUCAAUUGGAGGACAGAUCAGCUUCGAUGUCUUCCCUAAAGGUUGGGACAAGACUUACUGCUUGCAGUACCUUGAAGACUUCAAUGAAAUUCAUUUCUUCGGUGACAAAACCUAUGAGGGUGGAAAUGAUUAUGAAAUUUAUGAAUCACCAAAAACAAUUGGCCAUUCAGUUACUAGUCCAGAUGAUACAAUGGCUAAAUGCAAAGCUCUGUUCAUGUCUUGAAAAACAACUAUCCAUCUCAGGAACACAAUGCGAGAGAUUGACUAUUCUUGGCGAAUUUUCACAACUUUUGAUUAUUUGCAUUACAAGAAAUAGAGACAAGUAUGUUUGCAUACCGAUUCCGUAUGUUUUGAAUUUUGGUUCAGAAAAAUAAAACAUUUGGUUAUAAUC